AUGGAGAUGCGUGAGGGCGCUCCAUUGCCGACCGAGUCGCCGUCCCCCACCACCGAUGCGACGACCGACCAACCGCGACGGAAGCGACAGCGUCGCUGGCACCACCGAGGUUUUACUGGGUGUCAGACAUGCAGGAGGCGCCAUGUGCGUUGCGAUGAGGCCUCGCCGACUUGCAACAACUGCAUGCGGCUUGGGCUGGAUUGUUCUGGCACCCAGGGCAUGACCUUCAAAGUGUUCGGCGGCCCGAAGAAGGACAAGGAGACACCACAGUCCAAUCCGCCGCAGAAACGGAGGAAACUCGACAGCCCGGACUCCUCGAGCGAGUCGUCGACCGGGAGUCCGGGUAUUGUGGUCAAGAGGGAGGAGGAGCCGUGCGAUGGCCUGGUGGUGUCGCCGACGACGCUGCCGUUGCCCAAGACGAUGCAGUUUCAAUUCCGCUUCCAGGAACCCAUCUCCCCGGCCAACCUGAUGGCCUCGACAAUUCAAUCGCCUGACGAUCGCUACUACACGCAUUUUAUCGAUCAGGUCUCGACCCUGCUUUUGAUCUACGACAAUUCCAUGAACACGAAUCCGUACCGGAGUUGUUUUCCCGAUUUCGCACGAUCGUCGCCAUCGAUGGUCGGCGCCAUGCAGGCCCUGGGCGCAUUGCACCUCGCCAACACCUCGGUCGGUCCACCGCGCAACAAGCAUUUCCAGCAUGCCAUGGGCAAGUACGGAGAAGUGGUGAAGCUGUUUCGCGAUCGGUAUACCCAGCCGAGCGAGCAGCUGGGCAUGACGGACUUUGCGACAUGUCUCUUGUUAUGUUUAUUUGAGGUGAGUAAAGGACGAUGCACGAAUGAUGGAAAAAGUGCUGACACUAUUAUUGAUAAGAUGAUGGACUCGCAACAACAGAACUGGAAGGUUCACCUCAAGGGAGCACGCGCAAUUUACAACCUCAUCUUUUUCCCACACGCCAAUAGCCCCGCUCACGAAGAAAAACGACUCGUUGAAACAAAUCACCCUCUACGAUCGUUUCUGGUCUCAUUAUUAUCAUAUCUCGAUGUGGCUGGUGCCUGUGCGACCCCCGGUGGGACAGUCGUGCAAGGCAAUUACUGGAAGACCCUGGGAGGCGGAUGGGAAUACAAUCUGGGGAUUCCGAGCUUGUCCUCGGGGACGAUGCCAGACAACCCCCGUCUAGUCGAGCUCCGCGCCGCAUGGUCCGGCAUGAUGGAGGUGCAGGCGGAGAUUAGCACCUUUGCCCGCGAUAAACAAUGGAUGUCUCCCGAACACCAGGAUAUGAUCUACAAGGAGAUCUUCCAUCGGUUGGUGAUUUGGCGUGCCAGUACUCCGGUGAGCCUGCAACUACUUGGGGACAUGGACCUGGACGAUGACUCUCUGGCUCGAUUUCCGUUCCCAGACAUGCUGGAAUACGUGGGCUGCAUCGAGGCCUACGAAAAGGCGACCUUCGUGCAUUUGCAUCAGGUGGCUGGAGCCGGCCGACCGAACUGGAUCUCCGAUCGAACGUAUUUGGACAUGCUAAUCACGCGUAUCAUCACCUUGAUUCGCAAGCUUUCCAAAGACGUAGGCCAGCUGGCUGUGUUGUGGCCACUUUUUAUCGCGGGCCAAGAGACUCGACAGAAUCACGAACAGGAAUACGUCCGUGCCACCAUGCAUGAACUCCGGCGUUUUGGCUUCAGGAACGUUGACAAGGCUUUUCAGCUCCUAGAGGAUCUUUGGUUCAAGCGACGCGUUUUCCCCGAGGGAUGGACUGAAACCCUGGACGAGAUCCAGUCGAAUAUUCUUCUUCCAUGA